AUGGCUUCGAGUAGUUCUCAAGAUGGUGGCUGGAUGGAUCAGUAUGCACACUUGGAUAUUGAGGGAGAAGAAGAAGGAGUCCUGAUUACUGAUGAUCAGGAAGGGGAGGCUCAAGCGUUUGACGAUCGAUGGUGCCUGGUGGGUAAAUUUCUCACAAAUAGGACUUUUGAUUUCGAUGCUAUGCGGCAUACAUUGGCCUCGCUUUGGCAGCCGGGGAAGGGAGUAUAUGUGAAGGAAUUAGAUACUAAUAGGUAUCUUUUUCAAUUUUACCAUGAAAUUGAUAUUCAAACGGUUAUUGAUGGAAGUCCAUGGACGUUUAAUAGAAUGCCGCUUGUGUUCUAUCGAUUGAAAAGAGGGGAGGAUCCUAGAGUGGUUCCGUUGCAUGAACUAGAUAUGUGGGUUCAGUUACAUGAUUUAAAGUAUGGUUUCAUGUCGGAAUGGGUCGUCAAACACGCUGGAAACUAUGUGGGAACAUUCAUCAAGUCAGACCCGAAGAACUUCAUUGGCAUAUGGCGUGAUUACCUUCGUGUUCGGGUGACAAUUGACAUUAACAAGCCUUUGAAGCGUCGUAUGAAAUUGAUCAAACAAGAUGGAACAUGGAUUUGGACCACCUUUAAGUAUGAAUAUGUACCUACUUUCUGUUUCAUAUGUGGGUUCAUUGGUCAUGGAGAUCGAUUUUGUCCCAGGAGGUUUGAUUCUCAUUUCGAUCCGAACAUUAAACCUUAUGGAGAAUGGAUGAAAGCCAUUACUAAGAAGAAAAACUAUCUCAUCGGGGCUCAAUGGCUUCGUUCCAACCGUGAUGAUGAUGAAGGAGUGGCUAAUGGUGGUGGACGGCAGUGGAAACAGGCUGAGGCCAUGAACGUUACUUCUCCAACGAUGGUGCGAUCAGAUGGAGUCAAUUCAGGGAUACGAUUGGGAGACAAUCAGGGUGCUAUUUUUUGGAGAGAAUCGUGGGGAUGA